AUGUUCAAAGGAAGGCGAUUAAACGUCUUUAAGUCGGACCGCUCCAAGUCUACUGACUCGUCGCCAGGCUCAAGUGAUAUUCCUUCCGCCAAAAGUUCCAAGAAGUUCUCAAUCAAGGAAAUAGCCAACGGAGGACCUUACUCUAAAUUGUUUGCCACACGAGAGAUAAACAAAUAUGGAUUGAAUGGCAAAAUUGUCACCACAUCUUUUGAUAUAACGCAAAGUCUUUUAGCAGUCGCUACUGAUGCAGGGGAAAUACAUGUCUAUGGGCAGCAACAGGUUGAAGUGGUUUUUACGCUAGACAGCAAAGUACUAAUUAAGCAUAUGAGGUUUGUCAAGGGGAUUUACCUUGUGGCUAUCGAUUCCAAGGAUGUCAUCAUGGUCUUCUCUUUAUACUCCAAGAAAAUGCUAACUUCUGUCUUCAGUCCUGGUAAGAUUGCAUGCAUAGAAACCGACCCAUCGUUAGACUGGCUUUUGAUCGGGCUUCAAAGCGGUAUCACUCUUAUUUAUGAUAUUGAUCGAAACCAAAUGACCAAUUUUAAGGUCGAGAAUCUCCAGAGAACUCGAUUCUUCCCAAAAAGUCGUGUUUCUCCAGUAGUUUCUAUACAAUGGAACCCAAGAGAUAUUGGUACCGUGUUGAUCUCAUAUGAACUGGUUACUGUAGCAUACUCAUUGGUUGAAGGCGACAUUAAACAACAUUUCAUUUACGAACUUCAACCCGGAGCGCUAGGUGGUGAAUUCUCGAUUGAUACGAAUAAGGCAAGAAGACCUACAGUGAGGCAGUCCCUAUACCACCCAAACUCUCUCCAUAUCUUGACUGUGCAUGAUGACAACUCAUUAGUUUUUUGGGAUGCUAACAGCGGUCAAUUAAUUCAAGCAAGGACUUUGUUUGAGACAGAUGUUCAUGUUCCUCAGCCAAAUUUCCAGAAAUCGCCCACUUUGGAUGCACCCCGAAUCACAAAGGUUGCUUGGGUUUGUCAAAGCAAUCCGGAGUAUACUUCACUAUUGAUGUCUACUGACAGUCGACAAGGAGGUGGUUCAAUGGCUAUGAUCAAUUUUGGCGGCACGCCUAUGUAUUCGAUAACUUCUUAUGAGAAUAUGAGCAAGUAUUAUGCGAACACGCGUGAACAAAAGAUAUUUCCUCUCAACAACAAGUCACCAAUAGUCAGUUUCAACCCGCUUCCUCGUAAAUCACCAUACUUUGCGGGCUGUCAUGACCCCGGUGUUGUUUUGAUCAUUUUAGCUGAUGGCGAAGUGGAAACUCAAAUAUAUCCUUCUGGCGCGUUCACAUAUAAGGCCUCCAUGUUUCCUCAAAGCAUUGCAUGGGCGAGACCAAUCGCUACGCGAGCAGUCGCUACCACAGUAUCAAAGAAGCUGUGGUUGGGCGUUAUGUCUGCUUCACAGAACGGUGAUAAUGUCCUAAAAGGUGGGUUUCCCAUCAAGAAAUCUGUUCGUGCCAACGAUGUGCGUUCCGCGUUGGCCACCGGUCAUGCUAACGGUUCAGUAAGAAUUUGGGAUGCAUCUCAUGGAGAGUUGGACAGCAGCGCUGUAUUUGAAAUGAACCUGUCGCACAUACUCAACCGAUCUUCUGGGCUGGAAGUCGACAACAUUUCGUUCGCGGCUGAUACGCUGGAGAUUGCGGUGUCUAUAAAGGCAGGCGACGUUGUAUUAUUCAAGUUUGAGGUAAACCAAUUUUACAACCCAGAUCAGAAGACAAGUGAUAGGGAAAUUCAAAUGGACUUCAGGAGAUUUUCUCUAAAUGAUUCCAAAGAGGUUCUGGUUGAUGUAAGGGAUAGGUCACCAGAUAACAUUAGACAGGGUUUCAUGCCAAUCACUGCUGUGCAUGCGCAAAAAGGUGAGGUCACAGCACUAAGAAACAGCAACGUGGGUUUCGUAGGUGUAGGAUACCAGGAGGGUACUUUAAUGGUAAUAGACAGAAGAGGUCCGGCAGUCAUAUACGCAGGAAACAUCAAUGAUUUGUGCAAGAAUUAUGGAAGCUACGUCACAACUAUGGAAUUCAUGAUUAUGGAGUACGGGACCGAUGGCUAUUCCAGCAUUUUAUUACUGUGCGGUACAAACAUGGGCGAAUUAUUAACAUUUAAAGUAUUGCCAGAGGCAGGUGGAAGGUUUGGUGUGCAAUUUAUGGAAGGACAACGCACUAACAAUGAGGGACCAAUUAUAAAUAUCGACUCCUUAUCUAAAGUUGUCAGUCGAAGUUGUCAGGCUGCAGUUCCGCAGAUGGAAGAUCUGAGAAAUGGUGUUGCCAUCCCUGGUUUUGUCAUAGUCUCUGGUGCCACUGAUAUCCGCACAGUCAAGAUAGGCAGGUCUUCGGAGAGCCGUAAGUCUUUCAAAUUUCCUCUCGCUGCAAGUGCACUGUCUUUCAUCCCACAUGUGGCGAACUCCGGUGAAGUUAAAGUUGCAAGUGUCCUGGUGAACUUAUUGACAAGUGGAGAAAUAGUUGUUCUAUCUGUUCCGGACUUGAAGGAAAUAUCGGUUAUGAGAAUCCCAGUGGCAACCCAGUCUCGAUUUUUAAAGGACUCGUCUGUCCUAAGAAAUGGUGACAUUGUUGUAAGGACGGGUCAGUUCCAGGCUUCCUUAAUCUCUGUUGUAAAUGAACAAGCCACAGGUCUGAACAAACAAUAUGAUGAGAGAUCAGAAUCUGCCAGCGAUUCACUUUACAACCCGCGCCUCAAGAUUGCUUAUAGACCUCAAGUUAACUCUCUACAAUGGGCUAGAGGAACCAUUCAUUGUACCACAGAACAACUUGACACUUUGCUCGGCGGCGAACAUAGACCUCAAUCCAAGUAUGAAGAAAGUAUAAUCGCUAAAGGGACAAUAUCUCUAAAGCCCGAUGAAAAAUCCGACGACCCUGGUGAUCACGCUGGUUGCAAGAGGCCCGUCAGAAGCGGUACGAGGUCAAGUCGAUACGGCAUGUUCAAGAGCGUAUCUCGUGCAGUCGAGAGUCGUUUCGAUGCUAUUGAAGACAGUUUGAACGAUUAUGCAACUGCUAUGAGUGAAGGUGUCAACGAUGUGGUGGAACAAACUACAAAAGACAUGGCCAAAGGAGCAUUUGGUCUUUGA